AGAUAAAAUCAACUCUUGGGAAAUUAAAACAAGUUAUUUUGCAUAAAAGUAGUUAAAGUGCAGAACCGUAAAAAGUGUUUACCCCAUUAAUCGACAGUUAUAGGGGAACUAAGGUGGGUUUAAACCAGGACGGCCUCAUCUGACCAACUGAAAACUGGUUGUUGUGAGUCAAGGACACCGAUUCUGCUCGCUUCACACGGUGCGUAGACCCCGGCCUAGUCACCAGUCCGUUUUAUUAGAGAACAGAUUCCAAUUUGGAGAUGAGUACAUAGCAGAUGAACACGAUGGCGGCAGGAGGCAGUGCAGUAGUAAUACGUGAUGCUUACAAGAGAUACAGUCCCUCAGCCGUUGUGCUGCGUGGUCUGAACCUUACAGUUUCUGAUGGAACAAUCUACGGAUUACUGGGAUCCAGUGGCUGUGGCAAGACUACUCUGCUGCGCUCUAUUGUGGGAUUGUUGCGUCUGGAUGCCGGUGAGAUCCAGGUCAAGGCUGGCAGGAAGAACAAUGUCGGUUAUAUGCCUCAGGAUCUAGGCUUGUACGAGUACAUGAGUAUCAUGGAAGUUUUCGAAUUCUAUGGAAAGCUGUAUGGCAUGAAACAUGGCAUUGCCGAGGAGCGUGGCUGUGAGUUAAUAGAUUUCCUGAAAUUGCCGGAAAGCAGUAGGCACAUUGGGUCUCUCAGUGUGGGCCAACAGAGGAGGCUGUCUUUUGCUGUCGCCCUCAUACACGAUCCUGAUUUGCUGAUCCUAGAUGAACCCACAGUAGGGAUUGAUCGCAUACUUAGUGCAUCGAUCUGGCAGCGCAUGAUGGAGAUGGCAUCCACCCGGAACAAGACAAUCAUCAUCACAACACAUUAUAUUGAGGAAGCCCGGCUAGCACAAACGGUUGGACUGAUGCGGGAUGGCGUGUUACUGGCAGAAGAAUCGCCGGCUUCUUUGAUGACUUCACAGGGCUGUAACUCUCUAGAGGAGGCCUUUCUUAUCCUCAGUCAGAGACAGGAAGAAUCUAUCCAAACGGAUCAAAACCGGGAUCAAGAAUUUAUCUAUCCUAAGGAAAAGCCUCAAUUACCUCUAGAUGAUUCCAAUUCGUCAUGGACGUUGAAUAGGUUCAAUGCACAAGUUGGCAAGAAUACUACAUGGCUACUUAGAAACCUACAUAUAGCGUUGCUUCUGAUCCUAGUGAUGCCUGCUUCCAUUGCCCUGAUGAUUCAGCUCAUGUUAGACAACAGCCCCAUCGCCAACCGAGCUCUCGGUAUCGUGUCGCCCGAGCUCACCGCAGGCCCGGCCACCUGCUCCAUCCUCCAGCACACAGGCUGUGACAGUAACGGCCGUCCCUUCACCUGCAGGCUCAUGGACUUGCUUGCCAACUCUUCCUUAAUAACUAUAGUUUACGACGAUUUGGACAAAGCGAAGCAAGCGGUCCGGAAAAACGAGAUUUGGGGCGUGCUGCACUUCAGCGAGUCAUAUACGGCUGCUAUUUGGGAACGCAUGCAAUUUGACCUGUUUUCAAGUAAUAACACUGUUGUUGACGCCAGUUUCAUCCGCUCUUACUUGGAUAUGUCGAACAUGUGGGUAAGCAACUUUCUGAGGAAAGAGCUGAUGGAAGAUGUGAGGCGGAUGGCUCAGACUAUUCUACAAGACUGUGAUAUUAACCCAAAGAUAUUCGAUAUUCCUGUUAAGCUUGAACCUGCGAUAUUUGGUACCAACAACUCAACAUUCCUUGAGUACAUCAUUCCAGGAAUUAUGUGCACGUUUGCCUUCUGCCUGGCCAUUACGUACUCGCUGGGAGCCAUCAUGUUUGAGAAGAAUGUUGGACUUGAGAGAAGUUUGGCUGCGGGACUAACGAAGCUGGAGGUGGUGAGUGCUCAUUGCGCCAUACAACUGGUGAUCGCCCUCAUACAAGAGGUGGUGAUGAUCGCUAUCUUCUACUAUGUCUACGACAACCACUAUCGGGGAAACCUGUAUCUAGCCUUCCUGCUGCUGGUCAUGCUGCAGGUCAUGGGCAACUUCUUCGCUUUAGUGAUCGCUCUCUCACACCAGAACGAGUUCAAUGCCUCCAACACAGGUCUGGGAUCUAUCAACAUUCUAUUCAUUGUUUGUGGCAUCAUAUGGCCGGUGGAAGGAAUGCACGGUGUCUUGCGCAAUGUAAUAUGGGCUAUCCCCGUGCAGCCCGCGGUGGAAGCGUACCGAGCCAUCGUCAUGCGGGAUUGGCAUCUCUCACACCCUGUCGUCUACAAGGGGUUCCUCUCCACGACCAUCUGGACCGUGAUCUUCCUUCUCGGAACCAUCGCGCUAGCACGGAGAAACAAGGCUGGCCUAUGAAGACCUUGAACUUGAUUUAUAUUUUUUCAUUACUUAAAGUGCCUGGUUAUUUUAGUGAACAACUAAAGCUCAAUGCUCACGGCUCUUGCAUAAAUAAAUCCCUCUGGUUUAAUGUGCUGGUGAUACAAACACCAAAGACAUCAAGUCUAAAAUCCAUUGUGACUAAACUUUAUAAAUUCUUCAAUCUAGAUUUCCACCAUAUUGCAUGAUAGAGCUAAAAUUCAUAAAAAUAUAUUUGAAAGCUUUCAAAUUCUAAUAUUUAUAAACAAAAAAGAAUACAAUAUUGCAUUUAUUAUAACUUAGCACCUUGAAAAGGUUUUGAUUGUCUUUUUUUCUUCAGACAUAUUUUAAAAUAUACCUGAAUUAUAUGAGGAUUUCGUUCAUAUUAUUUUAUUAGCAGAUAUACCAUAAGCUUCAAAGGAACUUUAAGUAAAGUUUAGCAUUUAUGAAUAAAAUUUAUUUAUUUUAAACCAAAAAGAGGACCAGCCUUUAGAUUAUGAUACAUUGUACCGUUUUGUUAAUUGCAUUUAGCAAAAAGCCUAACCUUUUUUUCGUUUUAAAUUCCGCUCUGGUCUUGUAUCAAAUCAUAAUUAUAUUAACUGGAUUUAUAACUACAUUAAAAUAGAUUUUAAUGGGUUUUACAUAGUUCAUGGUACAGAAAACCUACAUAUAUCGUAUUUUUCUGUUUUCAGGUUCAAGGCCAAGUAUACCAAUACAACAUAAUAUGAAAUAGUUAUGAUUACAAAAAUUACAUCUUUUUUCAAACUGUAAAAAUAUAGUGUGUGUGUGUAUUGCAACAAUAUGGAAUUGUUCUUUUGUGGAAUUGUUGUUCUUGGAACUCCCACACUCUCCGGAAAGAAAUUGAGGGGAAAACUUACAGAGUUUGUAGUUGAGUUUGAAAGAGACACGAUUCACGAAACGAAACAUUCACAAGUCCGAUAGUCUACAACGGUUGUCAUUCUUUUACACCUCAAAAGUGUUGUGAGUUUUGCUACCCAUAUUUCUGUAGAAGUUCGCGGAUCAGUGAGUUAAAAAUAGACGUUUGGCAGAGACAGUUUCCCAUCUGAACGUUUCGAAAGUCCACAGGUGAUUUUACAAUGAUGUGUAGAUCCAUUUACGACUGAUUAUAGGUUAUUAGUCGGCUAUCGUUUUCACUUGAGUGAAGAUUCUUGAUCGCUGUGACGAUACUGUAUGACAUUAAACUAUAAACACGCUUAUAACAUUUGGUAUUGGAAGAAUGGUUUUAACUUAACAGCUUAUAGUUGGGAUAGGUUACAAGAGAUUAUAGUGUAUAUUGUAAUAAUCUCUUCAGCGUAGAUUGCAGUGAUUGCCCGAUGUGUAACAAUAGAGAUCCGUGGCUAGUUCUAGAUGAACUUCUUAUGACCAUAUUGGGACGCCGGUCUGUACGAUUUUCUCAAUACUAUGAAUGUUCUAUUCAUUUCGUUCUUUAGUAUCUUUAGCCUAAUUUUGUCGGCCUUUGACUGAGUGGUUGAGUAUAAAUAGAAAGAAUCGAAAUUCCCGAUUUAUGUUUCAGUGUAAAAUGUUACAUCUUAGCCACGGCCCUCUACCGUUACACAUUGGGCAACUACUAAAACUAGUCAGAAGGCACAAGAAAUGUAUUAUGUGCCAAACUCCACACGUACUUUCUCUUAAACAUACACUUUAAAUGUGUUUAUGUAUAUACAUAUAGUUUUAUACAGCUGUAUAUUACUUUAAUUUUCAUUUUAUACAGCCUUCUAUAGUACUAGUACCAAAUUAUGUGAUGUUUUCAAUUGAGCUCUCAGAAUUAAUAUUGUUGAUAGGUUUAAGAAAAGUGUGUUCUAAUUAGCUUUAUGUUUUUAUGUGUUUGUUAUAUUUUUUGUUAUUUCAAUACUAACAUUCGUUAUUUUUGAUUUUUAAAGAGUAUAUCAAAUACUCUAUUAAUGUAUAAUAUUGUUAUUAUUAAUUUUUUAAGUCAUAUUGUUAUUGUUUUAAAAUAAUUUUAUAUCUCUGUAACAUUCUUUAUUGUUCGAAUCGAUAAUGGAUUUCCAAUACACCUACUAACUUGUGAUUAUUUAUUACGCUUGCCACUCGAUUCCUAUAGAUGUUUGCCAAUAAAUUUAAGUUAAAGUAAACUCUGAUGACCUCUGCCACACGUUGUUUGUAAAAUAUAGUAUUUUAGAACUGUUUUAAACGCAUUAAAAUUAUUUAACCUUA